AUGGCUGCCGCUGCCGCUGCCGCCACGAACAUCUCCUCCUCCUCCUCUGCGCCGCCGGCGUUCAAUGGCAUCCGCUCUGAGAAGCUUUGUGGAUCUCAGCUCCACCUCUCUCUUCCGAAAACCAACCGGACGAACGCGAUUCGGUGCUCCGCCGUGGUAGAACGAAAAAUCGGCGAAUCGGAAGCAGGAUUGAGCCGGAUUGAAUCGCUAAGCCAUGUCUCCGGCGUCCUUGGAUGCCAGUGGGGAGACGAAGGCAAAGGAAAACUCGUCGACGUUCUCGCGAAGCACUUCGAAAUCGUGGCGCGCUGUCAGGGUGGAGCCAACGCCGGCCACACAAUUUACAAUUCAGAAGGUAAAAAGUUCGCCCUUCACCUUGUUCCCUCAGGAAUUCUGAACGAGGAGACUACCUGUGUGAUUGGCAAUGGAGUUGUGGUGCAUCUCCCCAGUUUUUUCAAGGAAAUUGAUGGUCUCGAGGCCAAUGGAGUCGCCUGCGAUGGGAGGAUCUUAGUAUCUGAUCGAGCUCACCUGUUGUUUGAUUUUCAUCAAACCGUGGAUGGCCUUAGGGAAACUGAACUCGCUAAAUCAUUCAUUGGCACAACCAAGAGAGGCAUCGGUCCUUGCUAUUCAAGCAAGGUGAUUCGGAAUGGUAUUAGAGUAUGUGACUUGAGGCACAUGGAUACUUUUCCCGACAAGCUCGAUGUUUUGUUGUCAGAUGCAGCAUCACGGUUCGAUGGCUUUAACUACAGGGCUGAAAUGCUUAAGGAGGAAGUUGAAAAUUACAAAAGGUUUGCCGAGACGUUGGAACCCUUUAUCACUGAUACUGUCCAUUUCAUGAACGAUGCUAUAUCUCGGAAACAAAAGGUUUUGGUAGAAGGUGGGCAGGCAACCAUGCUGGAUAUCGACUUUGGAACUUACCCUUUUGUAACUUCGUCCAGCCCGUCUGCUGGUGGAAUAUGCACUGGCCUUGGUAUUGCUCCUAGAGUUGUCGGCGAUCUUGUAGGAGUGGUCAAAGCAUACACUACUCGGGUUGGUUCAGGUCCUUUCCCGACAGAAAUCCUUGGUAAAGAUGGCGAUCAACUUAGGUCAGCUGGGCAUGAGUUUGGCACGACAACUGGACGCCCACGUCGUUGUGGAUGGCUCGACAUUGUUGCACUAAAGUUUUGCUGUCAGAUAAAUGGAAUCUCCUCAUUAAACCUCACCAAACUCGAUGUUUUGUCAGACCUACCCGAAAUUCAAUUGGGUGUUGCAUAUAAGCACAGUGACGGCACUCUUGUCCAGUCCUUCCCUGCCGACCUCUCUCUUCUGGAACAAAUCAAGGUGGAGUAUGAAGUUAUUCCCGGGUGGCAAAGCGACAUAUCUGGCAUCCGAGAGUACUCUAAACUUCCAAAGGCUGCACGAAACUAUGUAGAAAGGAUAGAAGAACUCAGCGGCGUACCAAUUCAUUACAUUGGCGUUGGACCCGGGCGCGAUGCGAUGAUAUACAAAUGA